AUGGUGCGGGACGCUGAGAUUCCUGUGCUCAGAGGUUUUCUGACACCAAGCGAGGCAACUGAAUGGAAGCAGAAUGUUUUCAGCUCUGCAGGUGAGAGAUUAUUAAUCAUUUAUUCGACAAGCAGUUUUAUCAAAUUUUACAUAGAUUUUGGUGUAGUUUUACCUAGUUGGGUGUGUUUUGUGAGUAUUGUAGCUACAAGCAAACGAUAGUUAACUAUAGCUUGCUGGUGGUUAAUACGUUCAGCUAACGAGUAGUUAGCUAGCUAAAGUUGUUAAUGUGGAGACGAAGAAAUGCAUGGCUCGCAGUUAACCACUGUCAGUCGGUUUGUCAAUGGUUUGAUUACAUGUCAUUUGACUUCAAUGUAAAAUAUUUGGGCUAUGUGAUUUCAUUAAUUGAAGCUAACUAGUUAGCUACUUCAUAAUAAUACAGGGUUGAAUGCUACCUUGUUGGCUAGCAAACUAUCUGUCAAUUUGACAGUUUAGAAUCUAACGUUAACACUGUAGCGGAGAACGGAGUAGUGGCGCACUUCAAAGGCUAGACCGCACACUAGUCAUUUUUGGCACAUGCAAUUGACUGAAUAUUCAUCUCAUAGACUCAUACUGUAACUUUUAAACCCAGCUACAGCUAGCUACCUCAUUGUCACAAUAUUAUUAUACCGGUAGCGAGCUUGCCUGAUGCUGUGCCACAUCGCACCAGCCCUCGCUCUGCCUUCGCGCGAGCCACCAGUGUGACUGUGCAGAGAACUACAUUAGCAGCAAUAGUGGAAUCGGUGGUUAGCCUUCAAAAUAAAAGUUAACCAUUGAAACGUGCAAAGGGUAAAAAAUGUGAAAUCAUGCCACAAUUGGACUAGAUAAUGCUAAACAAGGUGGAAUGUUACAUAAAUUCCACAAAAGACAAUUAGUUAAUUGGACAAAAAAAACAGCUAAACAUUUUUGAAAUCGCAUGUAUUAGACUUCAGAAUUAGCUUACUCAGUGACUCCCACAGAUUACAAUUCUAAAGAGUUUACACAAAAAUUAGCGUUGCAGCGUUUACUGCGGGACGUUAACUGUGGGAAAUCCCCUCACUAUUCGGCCUAUUGUGUGCAUUGGACAUUCAUAUUGCAAUGUACAGCUUAUGUACAGCUUACCUAUGGAUCUUGGGACCAUGAAAUGGGGUUAUCAGCCUACUCAGUGGCACUCACAGAACACAACUGAAGAGUUUUCACAAAUAUUAGCAUUGUAGCUUUUAUUUGCGCGACUUUAACAGUGGGAAUUAACCUCACUAUUCGGCCUAUUGUGUGUAUUGGACAUUCAUAUUGCAAUGUACUAUGCUAUGGAUCUUCAAAUCAAAUCAAAUCAAAUCAAAUUUUAUUGGUCACAUGCGCCGAAUACAACAGGUGCAGACAUUACAGUGAAAUGCUUACUUACAGCCCUUAACCAACAGUGCAUUUAUUUUAAACAAAAAAGUAAGAAUAAAACAACAACAAAAAAGUGUUGAGAAAAAAAGAGCAGAAGUAAAAUAAAGUGACAGUAGGGAGGCUAUAUAUACAGUAAAAUAAAGGGACAGUAGGGAGGCUAUAUAUACAGGGGGGUACCGUUGCAUAGUCAAUGUGCGGGGGCACCGGCUAGUUGAGGUAGUUGAGGUAAUAUGUACAUGUGGGUAGAGUUAAAGUGACUAUGCAUAAAUACUUAACAGAGUAGCAGCAGCGUAAAAAGGAUGGGGUGGGGGGGCAGUGCAAAUAGUCCGGGUAGCCAUGAUUAGCUGUUCAGGAGUCUUAUGGCUUGGGGGUAGAAGCUGUUGAGAAGUCUUUUGGACCUAGACUUGGCACUCGGUACCGCUUGCCGUGCGGUAGCAGAGAGAACAGUCUAUGACUAGGGUGGCUGGAGUCUUUGACAAUUUUGAGGGCCUUCCUCUGACACCGCCUGGUAUAGAGGUCCUGAAUGGCAGGGAGCUUUGCCCCAGUGAUGUACUGGGCCGUACGCACUACCCUCUGUAGUGCCUUGCGGUCAGAGGCCAAGCAGUUGCCAUACCAGGCGGUGAUGCAACCAGUCAGGAUGCUCUCGAUGGUGCAGCUGUAGAAUUUUUUGAGGAUCUGAGGACCCAUGCCAAAUCUUUUUAGUCUCCUGAGGGGGAAUAGGCUUUGUCGUGCCCUCUUCACGACUGUCUUGGUGUGUUUGGACCAUGAUAGUUCGUUGGUGAUGUGGACACCAAGGAACUUGAAGCUCUCAACCUGUUCCACUACAGCCCCGUCGAUGAGAAUGGGGGCGUGCUCAGUCCUCUUUUUUUUCCUGUAGUCCACAAUCAUCUCCUUUGUCUUGGUCACGUUGAGGGAGAGGUUGUUGUCCUGGCACCACACGGCCAGAUCUCUGACCUCCUCCCUAUAGGCUGUCUCAUCGUUGUCGGUGAUCAGGCCUACCACUGUUGUGUCGUCGGCAAACUUAAUGAUGGUGUUGGAGUCGUGCCUGGCCAUGCAGUCAUGGGUGAACAGAGAGUACAGGAGGGGACUGAGCACGCACCCCUGAGGGGCCCCCGUGUUGAGGAUCAGUGUGGCAGAUGUGUUGUUACCUACCCUUACCACCUGGGGGCGGCCCGUCAGGAAGUCCAGGAUCCAGUUGCAGAGGGAGGUGUUUAGUCCCAGGAUCCUUAGCUUAGUGAUGAGCUUAGAGGGCACUAUGGUGUUGAAUGCUGAGCUGUAGUCAAUGAAUAGCAUUCUCACGUAGGUGUUCCUCUUGUCCAGGUGGGAAAGGGCAGUGUGGAGUGCGAUAGAGAUUGCAUCAUCUGUGGAUCUGUUGGGGCGGUAUGCAAAUUGGAGUGGGUCUAGGGUUUCUGGGAUUAUGCUGUUGAUGUGAGCCAUGACCAGUCUUUCAAAGCACUUCAUGGCUACAGACGUCAGUGCUACGGGUCGGUAGUCAUUUAGGCAGGUUAUCUUAGAGUUCUUGGGCACGGGGACUAUGGUGGUCUGCUUGAAACAUGUUGGUAUUACAGACUCAGUCAGGGAAAUGUUGAAAAUGUCAGUGAAGACACUUGCCAGUUGGUCAGCACAUGCUCGGAGUACACGUCCUGGUAAUCCGUCUGGCCCUGCGGCCUUGUGAAUGUUGACCUGCUUAAAAGUCUUACUCACAUCGGCUACGGAGAGCGUGAUCUUGGGUCCAUUCUGAAGUCUUAAUACAUCCACAGUGCUAUUUCCAACAUUUUCUUUACAUGUUUGUGUAAAAUUAAAUAAUUGUAGUUUUGUUUUAUUCAUAUAACAUUCCAACCUUGUUUAGCAUUAUCUGAUCCAAUUGUGUCAUGAUGCCACUAUUUUUAUUCGUUUGCAUAAGUUGCAAUGGGGGACUUUUAUUUUGAAGGUGACCCGCCAAUUCCACUUUUUUUGCUCACCCUAAUGUUGUUCACACCACAUACGUGUGCUGAGCAGCCUGUAAUGCAUCCCCACGUGAGGAUGCAACUUGCACAUUUCCACCAGUAUUUACAAGUAGCUAGAUGUCUAGCAAAAUUAUGUUUAACUCGCUAGUUCAACUAACGAGUAGCUUUGGGCUCCGUAAUGUUUUCUUGCUACAUUAUAUAAUAAUAUGAGAGGCAGCAAUAGUGAUUUAAUUGCUGUCAGGCUCUUUCGCUGAACACUCUUUUGUCAAUUUACUGCAUUGAGGCUGCGGUCACGCACGUGGGGCAAGCAUCCCUGCCCCGGUGAUGGAAAACGUAAGUCACUCUGGACAAUCACCAUGCACGGCGGCUAUAUGCACGGCUAUUUUCUUGACAUGUAUGUAUGUAUGUAUGCUCGGUUAUUUUCUUGAUAUGUAUGUAUGCUCAUCUGUGUUAAAUCCGAGGUCACUUGCUUUGCACAAUAAUCAGCCCUUUCAUAUAAUUCUCGCCCAUCAUCCAGUCACUGAUGGCACAGUAGUUGAAUGAAGUGAUGUAGCACUAGCUAUGUAAUGGUUGUCUGGGCUAGUUAUGGUCUGUUGUUGGAAUAGACAUGACAUAUCUUUUGGUCUACAUUUGGAUAAAGCAAACUAGGCUGUGAUUUUGAGACAUCACUUCUCUGCCAUUUCUGACAUCAGACUGUAUUGAAAUGAUGUAUUGUGAAUGAAGCGUUAGCCCUGUUUCAUUACACUGCAAGUUACUUUUUUUAAUUCAGCAAGUCUACACUGAUGACAUACAAAUGGAGCUAGUUCCCUCCCUGUUCCCGUGUGUGCGUUUGUAGGAGAGAUAUGAGGCAGUUGCACUGACUAGUCUGAAAUCUACAUAAAUGUAAUGUAUUAAAUGUUGCUUGAAUAUUGAGGCCCUGAGCAAUUCAGAAAGUCAUAUUUCUCCCAUAUUGAUUUGCCUUACAUUAAUUACUGCUUAAUGUGAGGACCUUUUAUGAAUUACGGUCUUAUUUGAGGUCCAAUUGUUUUCCAUAAUUGCUGUUCUUUUCCCUGACAAAUCUGAAAUAGAAAUAGAAUAGCAUUUGGUGCAUGUCAGGUUGUCAUUGAAUAUCAGUCUCAAAACACGUGGAUUUAUUAUUGAAAUGACAAGACAGUUCGGAAUGGAUGGUUGGUUUUCUUGGUUUCUGCUAUGAUGACAUUCUGUAAUGAAAACAUUUCAGUGCAGCUUUAUCAGUGAAAGCAUUUGCGUGUCCCAAUAAUCUCUCCUUUCUCCUGAAAUCCUGGUGCACUUGUUCACUACCCUUCAUGGAUUAGAUUUUUGUGGGGAGUAGUGCAUGAGUGCACACUUCAGGACUCAUCCUGUGUGUGUGAUUUUAGUAUUAUAGUUAUUUAGCUCGGGGAUUCAAACUAGCAACCUUUCGGUUACUGGCCCAACGCUCUUAACCACUAGGCUACCUGCCGCACCAGCUUGCAGGGCCAUUUUUAGUUUGCUCAGGUUUGCCAGUCUUCUGCUACUGUACACCCAGCCUCUCCUCCUUCCCAUUGCUCUCUCUCCCUCUCUCAGCCCUUCCUCACUCCCAUCAGGUGAGCACAAUGCAAUCAAUGCUAAUGAGCCCGACACAACCAAUGCAUUAAAUGCAAUUACACCAGGCCAACACGCCUUGUCCUCAUAGCUAGACUUAUCUUUAUAAAUAAAAAUGUUUUCUCCUCUUCCUCCCCCUUCAGCGAUGCCCCUCCAACAGCCAAAAGCCUGCACACACAUACCAAAUGCUCUCCUGCAGAGCAUUGUUUAAUAUGCUGAUCUUCCUAAUGAGAAUAUGGAGUUACAUUACCGUAAACCUACAAUUAAACGAAGAGUCUCAAAUAGCCGCCUGUCCCUUUUUAAUAUAUAUAUAUAUAUAUAUUUUUUUAUUUUAUUUUUUUAUUUUAUUUUUUUUAGUCAUUUAGCAGACGCUCUUAUCCAGAGCGACUUACAGGAGCAAUUAGGGUUAAGUGCCUUGCUCAAGGGCACAUCGACAGAUUUUUCACCUAGUUGGCUCGGGGAUUAGAACCAGCGACCUUUCGGUUACUGGCACAACGCUCUUACCCACUAAGCUACCUGCCGCCCUUAACCGGGCAAUGGCACACAUUUCAGCUAGGGCUGUCCACGACUAAAAUAAAUGCUAGUCUAUUCUUUCGACCAAUUGAUUGGUUGAAAUGUUAAAAUGUAUUUUUCCAUAUAUAGACACAUCCCAUGUGUUUUAGUCGCUCUCUCACAUUUACAUUUUAGUCAUUUAGCAGACACGCUUAUCCAGAGCGACUUACAGUUAGUGAGUGCAUACAUUUUUCAUACUGGCCCCCCGUGGGAAUCGAACCCACAACCCUGGCGUUGCAAGCGCCAUGCUCUACUAACCGAGCUACAGGAGGCCCCUUCUCCCUGCUGCAGCGACCACCACAUAAAAAUCAACAGCUUGUAUCAUGCUGUCUGCGUUGCUGAAGUUGCGAUUUAAUUACAGCCAUUUGUGACUGAAAAGUUAUGUUACAGAAACCCCUUAUUUGUUUAGGAAAAACAUUCCCUAUUCCCUCAACUCUUGCUCUCUUUACGUGACACAUGUAUGCAUCUCAUGCACGUGACCAAUAGGGCCUGACCUAUAGCAUAUCAUAAUCACAUCAAUAAAUUGAUUAUAACAAACUCUGAACACCGUAACAUGUGACAGCAAAAUGGAUGCAGAGAAUGUGACAAAUAUACUCUACACGGGGAAUGUUUACUGGUUGCUCAGGAGGUAAAGGUGAAGUCAGGUGUGUGGAAUACAUUUGACUAGUUGUGGAAAAUACUGGACUUCAAGAAAAAUAAGGUAAGGAGCAAGUGCUGCGUGCAUAUUAUGCGUGCUAAACAGGAGCUGUUAGAUUAGAUUGAUUGAUACGGUAACCUAUUUAAGUAUUAAAAUAUAGGCCCUUGUAAGUUACGGUAUUAAGACUAAACAGGAUGCGCUCUUAGGCCUACAGCUCGAUGGUGGUUAUACAAGGCUGCUAUACUAAGCCUACUAAUGAUAAUGGCAUAAUUUAUUAUUGUAAUGAUGAUCAUAAUAAUAAUAGUAAUAACAAUAAGGAGAUCAAGGAAAAAGGAGGGUUGUUAUUAUAAAUAUAAUUUCAGACAAUUUUGAACAAAGUUAACAACACUAAAUCAAUUAUAAAUAAUACAAGAGAGGCUGGUCUAACAACAAAAAAAGUAUAAAGCCUUUUAUUACAGCAUAGUAAAGAUUAAAAACAGCAGAAUUAGUGAAAUAGUUUCUAACGUGGUUGUGUGAGGCUUAGAGCUCCCGGAAUCAGUUGGCUAUUAAACAAACACUCAAACAGGCAAUAGAAGCAGGAUCUGUCUUAUUUCUGUAGCUAUACAGUGCCUUCGGAAAGUAUUCUGACCCCUUGAGUGUUCUUGGGUAUGACGAUACAAGCUUGGCACACCUGUAUUUGGGGAGUUUCUCCCGUUCUUCUCUGCAGAUCCUCUCAAGCUCUGUCAGGUUGGAUGGGGAGCGUUGCUGCACAGCUAUGUUCAGGUCUCUCCAAAGAUGUUCGAUCGGGUUCAAGUCCGGGCUCUUGCUGGGCCACUCAAGGACAUUCAGAGACUUGUCCCGAAGCCACUCCUGCGUUGUCUUGGCUGUGUGCGUAGGGUAGUUGUCCUGUUGGAAGGUGAAUCUUCUCCCCCAGUCUGAGGUCCUGAGCGCUCUGGAACAGGUUUUCAUCAAGGAGCUCUCUGUACUUUACUCCGUUCAUCUUUCCCUCGAUCCUGACUAGUCUCCCAGCGCUGAAAAACAUUGCUUCACCGUAGGGAUGGUGCCAGGUUUCCUCCAGAUGUGAUGCUUGGCAUUCAAUCUUGGUUUCAUCAGACAAGAGAAUCUUGUUUCUCAUGGUCUUAGUCUUUAGGUGCCUUUUGGCAAACCCCAAGCUGGCUGUCAUGUGCCUUUUACUGAGGAGUGGCUUCCGUCUGGUCAUUCUACCAUAAAGGCCUGAUUGGUGGAGUGCUACAGAGAUGGUUGUCCUUCUGGAAGGUUCACCAAUCUCGACAGAGGAACUCUAGAGCUCUGUCACAGUGACUAUCGGGUUCUUAGUCACCUCCCUGACCAAGGCCCUUCUCCCCCGAUUGCUCAGUUUGGCCGGGCGGCCAGCUCUAGGAAGAGUCUUGGUGGUUCCAAACUUCUUCCAUUUAAGAAUGGUGGAGGCCACUGUGUUCUUGGGGACCUUCAAUGCUGCAGAAAUGUUUUGGUACCCUUCCCCAGAUCUUUUCCUCGAUACAAUCCUAUCUUGCAGCUCUGCGGACAAUUCCUUCGACCUCAUGGCUUGGUUUUUGCUCUGACAUGCACUGUCAACUGUGGGACCUUUUUAUAUAGACAGGUGUGUGACUUUCCAAAUCAUGUCCAAUCAAUUGAAUUUACCACAGGUGGGCUCCAAUGAAGUUGUAGAAACAUCUCAAGGAUGAUCAAUGGAAACAGGAUGCAUCUGAGCUCAAUUUCGAGUCUCAUAGCAGAGGGUCUGAAUACUUAUGUAAGUAAGGUAUUUCUGUUUUUUAAAUUUUAAUACAUUUGCAAAAAUGUAUACAUAUUUUUUCACUUUGUAAUUAUGGGGUAUUGUGUGUAGAUUGUUGAGGAUUUUUAUUUUUAUUUAAUCAAUUUUAGAAUAAGGCUGUAACGUAACAAAAUGUGGAAAAAGUCAAGGGGUCUGAAUACUUUCCGAAGGUACUGUAUAUGGAUGAUUUAGAAAGCCAGGCACAUUUAACAGUUAGGCUAUUGAUUAUAGACCUAAUUAAGUUGGGGUUUCCUCUCUACUCACAGAUAAAUAUGAGUCUACACCAGGCACACAAAGUAAAAACAAUAGACAUACAAUAGCAAAAUUGUGAUGGUGUCAGAAGAACUAAUGACUUUUUUUAUACAUGGUCUAUCAUAUUUAUUGAGCCACCCAUUAUCACAGAUGCACGUACACACACACUCACACACACAAGACACAUCUGUCACGACUUCCGCCGAGGCUGCCUCCCCUCCUUGUUCGGGCAGGUUUCGGCGUUCGGCGUCACCGGCUUACUAGCCACUGCCGAUCCAUUUAUCAUCACUCCAUUUGUCUUGUCUUCAAUCACACACACCUGGUCCUUAUUCCCUCAUUAGUCAUGGUAUAAGUGUUCCCUCUGCUUCCUUGUCUGUGUGGGUGAUUGUUUAUUGUAGAGGUUAGUGUAGCUCGGUGGAGCUCGUUGUGUUGUGUAUUGACGGGAGUAUUUUUCCCGUGUGCCUUGUAUUUUCCAGUGCGCCUGUUUUGUGCCCUGGAGUGUGUUUGACGCAUUUCUGCGUAAACCUGUAUUUUGUGGAUUAAAGCCUGUUAUGCUGUGAUUUACCCUCCUGCGCCUGACUCCUUCAUCACCACCUCAUCACAACAUCUCUGAAGAUGUUACAUUGUCAGCUUCUUGUGUGUCUCACUGCUUGUUCCUGUUCCAGAGGCGGGUCCCGUGCUGCAGUCCCUGUUCGAUGGGGACUUUGAGGCGGUGCUGCUGAAUCCUCAGGUUCUGGACCUGCUGGGUGGUGGAGACUGCAGCGAUGGAGAGGCCAUUGAUACCUACCUGGAGAGACGGAUCCUGGCCUACCUCAAUGACAGCACAGAGAAGGACAAGGCUGACAGGUAAGAAACAACAUCUGUGAUCUCAUGCUGAUGCCUUAUUCAAUGUUACUUAAUUCAUUGAAUCAAAUGUUUUAGUGUUUGGGGGGAAAGCCUGCACACCCUGUAGCUCCCAGGACCAAAGUUAGUGACCACUGCAUUAGUGUUUAUUAUAAACAAGAUUUACUAUCCUUUCAACUCAAGCCCACGUAUUGCUUUUUUAAGUGUACAUCGAUAUGAAUUAAUAAAACUAUCCAUGACUUAAUCUUGAAAACAACACCUCAUGCCAUGAUUUAGACCCGAGUUCACGCCAAGCUGUGCUGCCAGGUGACGCCUCAAAUUGGAUGCCCACCACAGUUACAUUCUUGGGCAGGAACAUUGUGCCAGUACAGUUAUAAUUUUUUUGAUUGAUUGAAGGGAUAGGGGAAUUGCCAGGCAUGGGCUGAUACCACUGGCUGAACGCUGCUGACUGGAGCUUCCUGCUGCCAUGAAUUAUACAUUUUUAAUAAGGACAGCUUAACAUCUCCUCCUCCUUCUCUCCCAUGGGGAUAUCAGCACCCGUCGCUACCCUCUAUAUCAGAACCUUUCAAUCCUCUAUCGUUCUUCCUUUUCUCAUACAGCGUUUUUAGUCAACUAGGUGGUCAGAGGAGCCUGUAUGUACAGUAUGUAUGCAUGGCUUUAAUUGCCCUGAGGGAGAUACGAAGCAGCGUUGUACUUGCUCCUCUUUGCCCUCAAUCUGUGCCUGGGUACUCCAGAAGUCCUAUUGAAUGACUCCUGCUGUGAGGACUGGAGCAGCCGGCCAUAUCCACUUUGGAAGGCUGCCGGCCUGAUUUGCAGUGUGGAAAUCAAAUGGCCCUAUCGUUACUUGUUUCGUUAAGCGGCAGGUAGCUUAGCGGUUAAGAGCGUUGGGCCAAUAACCAAAAGGUUGCUGGUUCGAAUCCCGAGCCGACUAGGUAGACCAUCUGCCGACGUGCCCUUAUUGUUCCUGUAAGUCUCUCUGUAUAAGAGCGUCUGCUAAAUUACUAAUCUAAAAUGCAGAACAAAUAUACACUACCGGUCACAAGUUUUGGAACACCUACUCAUUCAAGGGUUUUUCUUGACAUCAAAACUAUGAAGUAACCAAAAGUGUUAUUUCAUAGUUAUGUCUUCACUAUUAUUAUACAAUGUAGAAAAUAGUGAAAAUAAAGAAACCCUUGAAUGAGUAGGUGUGUCAACUUUUGACUGGUACUGUAUGUAUAUACAGCUGCGGAAAAUAUUAAGAGACCACUGCAAAAUUAUCAGUUUCUCUGGUUUUACUAUUUAGAGGUAUGUGUUUGGGUAAAAAUAACAUUUUUGUUUUAUUCUAUAAACUACUGACAACAUUUAUCCCAAAUUCCAAAUAAAAAUAUUGUCAUUUAGAGCAUUUAUUUGCAGAAAAUGACAACUGGUCAAAAUAACAAAAAAGAUGCAGUGUUGUCAGACCUCGAUUAAUGCAAAGAAAAUAAGUUCAUGUUCAUUUUUAAACAACACAAUAGUAAUGUUUUAACUUAGGAAGAGUUCAGAAAUCAAUAUUUGUUGGAAUAACCCUGAUUUUCAAUCACAGCUUUCAUGCGUCUUGGCAUGCUCUCCACCAGUCUUUCACAUUGAUGUUGGGUGACUUUAUGCCACUCCUGGCGCAAAUAUUCAAGCAGCUGGGCUUUGUUUGAUGGCUUGUGACCAUCCAUCUUCCUCUUGAUCACAUUCCAGAAGUGUUCAAUGGGGUUCAGGUCUGGAGAUUGGGCUGGCCAUGACAGGGUCUUGAUCUGGUGGUCCUCCAUCCACACCUUGGUUGACCUGGCUGUGUGGCAUGGCGCAUUGUCCUGCUGGAAAAAACUAUCCUCAGAGUUGGGGAACAAUAUCAGAGCAAAAGGAAGCAAGUUUUCUUCCAGGACAACCUUGAAGGUGGCUUGAUUCAUGCGUCCUUCACAAAGACAAAUCUGCCCGAUUCCAGCCUUGCUGAAGCACCCCCAGAUCAUCACCGAUCCUCCACCAAAUUUCACAGUGGGUGUGCGACACUGUGGCUUGUAGGCCUCUCCAGGUCUCCGUCUAACCAUUAGACGACCAGGUGUUGGGCAAAGCUGAAAAUUGGACUUAUCAGAGAAGAUGACCUUACUCCAGUCCUCUACGGUCCAAUCCUUAUGGUCUUUUGCAAACCUCAGCCUGGCUCUUCUUUUUUUCUCAUUGAUGAAGGGCUUUUUUCUAGCUUUGCACGACUUCAGCCCUGCCCCUAGGAGCCUGUUUCGAACCGUCCUCGCCGUGCACUUCACCCCAGCUGCCGUUUUCCAUUCUUUUUGUAGGUCACUUGAUGUCAUCCUACGGUUGUUGAGUGACAUUCGAAUGAGUUGGUGGUCAUCCCGGUCAGUAGAGAGUCGUUUUCACCCUCUGCCGGUCUGUAGCUUUGUUGUCUCCAAUGUCUGCUGCUUGACCUUGUUCUUAUGAACCGCCGUCUUUGACAUUUUAAGGAUGGAAGCAACCUGACGCUCACUGUAUCCCUCUGCCAGUAAAGCCAGAAUUGAACCCUUCUUUUCCUCACUCAAAACUUUCCUUUUCAACUCUUGGCAUGGUCAAUGGUUAUUUUUUUGAUUAAUAUUACUUUUGAGGUACUAUUAGCACUGUUUUUCCCAUCCAGCUGGUCCUAUUGCAAGAGGAUAGUGAUGCCCACAGCAGUGGUUUUUAUACUUUUUCCUUGUUAAAUAAGAUUUGGUUCAUGUGAUCACCUAAUCAGUACCUAAUUCAGUAGAAUGAGGUGUGCCUGUGUUGGAAUUCAACAGACACUGGAAUGGAAUGGCUGUCAUACACGUAAAGAUGCUGAUUUAAGAAUUGCAGUGGUCUCUUAAUUUUUUCCCACAGCUUUAUAUUACAGCCAUAAAGGAAAAUAUUAGUUCUAUAACUGCAUAUUGGCAGCUGCCUUUUGAGUUUCAGAAGUUCACUACAACAUCCUAAGAUCAUGAUAUAAAGGAGGCUAUUUUAGUGUUAAUGAUACUUACAAAUUACUACAUGCUGCAAUGUGUGGUUUGCUGAUAAGCUCCAUUGUAACGAUAAGAUCCAUUGUAGUGAUCCUACUAUUACAGUUGACACGCACAUGUACCGUCGUAUGCAGCUUUGGACCUCAUCCCCCUACCAUUCAGCCUUUUAAAAUGCUGAUGAGAUAUAGGGAAUUAAUUACAACCACCUUUUUCAGCAAACAUCUGGGAGUUCAGCAGCUAACUGACUUUAACUCAAGGGCACACUGUCCGCUGCCACCUCCAUCCCUCUAGUCUUAUUGUCACCCAGCUUCUCCACCUCGCCCAUCCCAUUCAUAAAGAGAGGAGGAGAGGGGGCUGCACUGCUCAUCUGCAUGUCACCCUCUCAAAUCAAAUAACAUUUAUUUGUCACGUGCUCCAAAUACAACAGGUGUAGACCUUACCGUGAAAUGCUUACUUUCAAGCCCUUAACCAACAAUCCAGAUAUCACUAUUUCUAAAACAAGCCAUAGAAAGUUGGUUGCAAUUUCAAUUUAAUCCACCAGAAAAGACAGAACAAAUAUUGCAACAAAUAUUGUGGUUAAACUCAAAUAUACUAAUUGAUAAAAAACCGUUCUUUUUUGACAAAAUGUUUAAAAAAGGUAUAAUCUUUGUAAAUGAUAUAAUUGGUAGGACUGGUGGAGUUAUGUCGCACAUGCAGCUAACAAAAACAUAUGGAAAUGUCUGCUCUACCCAAAAUUACAACCAAAUAAUUGCAGCCUUACCGCAAAAAUGGAAGAGGAAAGUGGAAGGAGGAGAAAGUAAGGAACUUGUCUGUCGGCCUUGCAUUAAAGAACAUAAUUGGUUAAGGAAAACUGUGAUAAAUAAAAAGGUAUAUCAGUUUCAUUUAAGGAUCAAAGGAUUGACAGCCGUCCCAAUAGAAUGUUAUUUAUAUGGGGGAUACAAUCUUCCCAGCUCUGCAGAUUUUGCUGCGAAGAGACAGAAUCAUUAGAUCAUUUGUUUUGGUACUGUCCAUUUGUAGCUUGUUUUUGGACACAGGUCCAGGAAUGGCUAAAGGAUUGCAAUAUUUACCUGGAGCUAACCCUGCAGAUAGCACUACUGGGUGAUCUGAAAAGUCAUAGUCAAUCGAUCAAUAACAUAAUACUAUUAGCAAAAAUGUUUAUUUUCAAUUCACAAUCUGUAGAAACAAUGAGAAUAGAAAGGUUCAGAACUUUUGUAAGACAUCACAGUACAGUUGAAAUAUAUAUGGCAAAUAGAAAUCCUAUAUAGAUGGUGUUAAAAGAUAGAUGGGAGUUGUUGAAUGGAAUUGAAGGAUGGGACUAAUAACAACUAACAAUAACAAGAUAACUAAUAAUGUAGGCACGCUGUGUCCAUAAUAAGUGUAUGGGCUGUAGGUUGGGAGCUUUUGUGAAGGAGCACAGUUAGAAAGAUAUGGCAUAUAGAAGCAAACCGGAUGGACAUCAUGAAAAUGAUCGGAGAGGUUGAGAGUAGAAGAAGUUCAGGAGAAAGAACAAACAAAAUGUAAUUAUUGUAAAAUUGACUGUGUCCAUAAAAUGUAGAUAGUGGGCAUGGGCUGGAAGUAGAGGCCUAGGCGUUGUUGUUUACUCCAAGUGGGGAAAGGGUGGCGGGGUUGGAAAGUAAUAAAGAGGAAUAUAUAUAUAUAUAUAUAUAUAUAUAUUUUUUUUUUAAAGGAUAUGUAUGUGUGUAUAUGUGAAAAAAAUUAACAAAAUAAAAAUAAAAACAAUGCAGUAUAAAAAAAAUUGAGUUAAGAAAAUAUUUACCAAAUAAACUAAAGUAAAAAAUAAAAAAAAGUUACGCAAUAAAAUAAAAAUAACUAGGCUAUAUGCAGGGGGUACCAGUACUGAGUCAAUGUGCGGGCAUACCAGUUAGUCGAGGUAAUUUGUACCUGUAGGUAGGAGUAAAGUGAUUAUGCAUAGAUAAUAAACAGCAAGUAGCAGCAGUGUAAAAACAAAGGGGGGGGGGGUUCAAUACAAAUAGUCCGGGUGGCCAUUUGACUAAUUGUUCAGCAGUCUUAUGGCUGUUAAAGAGCCUUUUGGACCUUGACUUGGCGCUCUGGUACCGCUUGCCGUGUUGUAGCAGAGAGAACAGUUUAUGACUUGGGUGACUGGAGUCUUUGACAAUUUUUGGGACCUUCCUCUGACACCACCUAGUAUAUAGCUCCUGCAUGGCAGGAAGCUUGGCCCCAGUGAUGUACUGGGCCAUACGCACUACCCUCUGUAGCGCCUUACGGUCGGAUGCCGAGCAGUUGCCAUACCAGGGCGGUGAUGCAACCUGUCAGGAUGCUCUCGAUGGUGCAGCUGUGUAACUUUUUGAAGAUCUGGGGACCCAUGCCAAAUCUUUUCAGUCUCCUGAAGGGGAAAAGGUGUUGUCGUGCCCUCUUCACGACUGUCCGGACCAUGAUAGUUUGUUGGGGAUGUGGACACUAAGGAACUUAACACUCAACCCUUUCCACUACAGCCCUGUCGAUGUGAAUGGGGGCGUGUUUCCUGUAGUCCACGAUCAGCUCCUUUGUCUUUCUCAGGUUGAGGGAGAGGUUUUUGUCUCUGACCUCCCUAUAGGCUGUCUCAUCAUUGUCGGUGAUCAGUCCUACCACCAUUGUGUCGUCAGGAAACGUAAUGAUGGUGUUUGAGUCGUGCUUGGCCACGCAGUAGUGGAUGAACAGGAGGGGACUAAGCACGCACCCCUGAGGGGCCCACGUGUUGAUGAUAGCGUGGCUGAUGUUGUUGCCUAUCCUUACCACCUAGGGGCGGCCCGUCAGGAAGUCCAGGAUCCAGUUGCAGAGGGAGGUGUUUAAACCCAGGGUCCUUAGCUAAGUGAUGAGCUAUGCACUAUGGUGUUGAACGCUGAGCUGUAGUCAAUGAACAGCAUUCUCACAGGUGCUCCUUUUGUCCAGGUGGGAAAGGGCAGUGUGGAGUGCGAUUGAGAUUGCGUAAUCUGUGGAUCUGUUGGGGCGGUAUGCGAAUUGGAGUGGGUCUAGGGUUUCCGGGAUGAUGGUGUUGAUGUGAGCCAUGACCAGCCUUUCAAAGCACUUCAUGGCUAAAGACGUGAGUGCUACGGGGCGGUGGUCAUUUAGGCAGGUUACCUUCACUUUCUUGGGCACAGGGACUAUGGUGGUCUACUUGAAACAUGUAGGUAUUAGACUCGUUCAGGGAGAGGUUGAAAAUGUCAGUGAAGACACUUGCCAGUUGGUCCGCAUGCUCUGAGUACACGUCCUGGUAAUCCGUCUGGCCCUGCGGCCUUGUGAAUGUUGACCUGUUUAAAGGUCUUGCUCACAUCGGCUACGGAGAGCGUGAUCACACAGUCGUCCGGAACAGCUGGUGCUCUCAUGCAUGCUUCAGUGUUGCUUGCCUCGAAGCGAGCAUAAAAGGCAUUUAGCCCGUCUGGUAGGCUCGCUUCACUAGGCAGCUCAUGGCUGGGUUUCCCUUUGUAGUCCGUAAUAGUUUGCGAUCCCUGCCACAUCCGACAAGCGUCAGAGCCGGUGUAGUAGGAUUCAAUCUUAGUCCUGUAUUGACGCUUUGGCUGUUUUUAUGGUUCAUCUGAGGGCGUAGCGGGAUUUCUUAUAAGCGUCCGGAUUAGUGUUCCGCUCCUUGAAAGUGGCGGCUCUAGCCUUUAGCUCGGUGCGGAUGUUGCCUGUAUUCCAUGGCUUCUGGUUGGGAUAUGUACGUACGGUUACUGUGGGGACGACAACAUCGUCGAUGCACUUAUUGAUGAAGCCGGUGACUGAUGUGGUAUACUCCUCAAUGCCAUUGGAUGAAUCCCUGAAUAUAUAUUCCAGUCUGUGCUAGCAAAACAGUCCUGUAGCGUAGCAUCCGUGUCAUCUGACCACUUCCGUAUUGACCAAGUCACUGGUACUUCCUGCUUUAGUUUUUGCUUGUACGGAGGAAUCGGGAGGAUAUAAUUAUGGUCAGAUUUGCCAAAUGUAGGGCGAGGGAGAGCUUUGUAUGCGUGCGUCUGUGUGGAGUAAAGAUGGCCUAGAGUUUAUUUUCCUCUGGUUGCACAUGUGACAGAAAUGAGGUAAAACGGAUUUAAGUUUGCCUGCAUUAAAGUCCCCGGCCACUAGGAGCGCCGCUUCUGGAUGAGCAUUUUCUUGUUUGCUUAUGGCCUUAUACAGCUUGUUGACUGCGGUCUUAGUGCCAGCGUCGGUUUGUGGUGGUAAAUAGACGGCUACUAAAAAUAUAGAUAUAAACUCUCUUGGUAGAUAGUGUGGUCUACAGCUUAUCAUGAGGUACUCUUCGUCAGUCGAGCAAUACCUUGAGAUUUCCUUAAUAUUAGACAUCACUCAUUAUAGAAAAAUUAUGUGUCCAGGUCGAGGUUUGUGUUUGCCUGUAUGUAUUUACUAGGAAUAUUGAUUCAGGGAAGCAGACACCGCACCAUAUGGCGACACGGGCCUCAUGCAUCACAAAUGAGAAUGGAGAUAUCCUCCCUGACACGCAAAUGGGUGUGGGAGGGGGUAAGGGAGAGGAGAGAGAAACCCUUACGUGGCUUUGAGCUGUUAUUUUCCCUGCCACUUUGCGUUUUGGUCAGAGAGCUGAAAAAGAGAGAGUUGGCAAUUUUUAUGGCUGGAUCAGCACUUAACUAUACCAUUGUAUGUGUUAGUAUGUAGGUUCUUAGGGGGUUGUCAUAUGUCUUCAGGUGGUUCAGGCACUAGUACAGUAGUUUAUUUAUUUAGUUACUUGUACUUUGAGUGACCCCAUCUAUGUAUUGUGCCGUUUGUACAAAAGCACACUCUCUCUCAUAUUCACUUGCCUGUUUGUUGUUCCACUUUCCUGCUCCCCCACACACUCACUAACUCAUAUGGUGGUCCUCUGUAGCCCAGUGUGGUCCUCUGUAGCCCAGUGUGGUCCUCUGUAGCCCAGUGUGGUCCUCUGUAGCCCAGUGUGGUCCUCUGUAGCCAAGUGUGGUCCUUUGUAGCCAAGUUGGUAGAGCAUGGCACUUGCAACGCCAUGAUAGUGGGUUUGAAUCCCGGGACCACCCAUACAAAAAAAAAAGUAUGCAUGCAUGACUAAGUUGCUUCUGCUAAAUGGCGUAUUCAAUCAAAAAACAUAUUUCACAUUCUCGUCUCUCGCUUACUUGUUUCUGUUUUCUAUGUUCCGUGUGUAUGUAGCUGCUGCCUUGGUGGACCCUGCGCUACGUGAGCCUACACCAGCAGGUCCAGGAGGAGCGCUCCCCUCAGCUCCUCAGCCUGGCCCAAAGCAGCAUGGAGAAAGGUCAC